CACAUUCAAGGUUUCCUAUCAUUUCUGCAGAUUUGACAAGAUGGCUGACACCACUGGCAAGACUAUAAGAUGCAAGGCUGCUGUCAUGCGGGAACACAAGAAACCCCUGAUAAUAGAAAAUAUUGAGGUGGCGCCACCGAAAGCUGGUGAAAUCAGAAUUAAGAUAAUGUACUCCAGCAUAUGCCAUAGUGAUGAGAACUACUUGGGUGGAUCGAGGCCUUGGAUAGUGGAUUCUAUCCUGGGACAUGAGGGUGCUGGGAUUGUAGAAAGCGUCGGAGAGGGCGUGACGGAUUUUAAAGCUGGUGAUCACGUGAUUCCAUCAUUUAUGGGGCAGUGUAACCAGUGUAGAACAUGUAAGAGUGGAAAAACCAAUGUCUGUGAAGUGUUGAAAGGAGAACAUUAUUUGAAGGGAGGAAUGUUGGAUGGCACUGUUCGGUUCAGUUGUAAUGGUAAACCAAUCUAUCAUUAUCUGAACACCAGUACUUUCAGCCAAUAUACAGUGGCAUCGGAGUGGUCUUGUGUCAAGAUAGAUCCAGCUGCACCAUUAGACAAGGCUUGCUUACUUGGAUGUGGCAUUGCAACGGGAUAUGGCUCGGCUAUCAAUACUGCAAAGGUAGAACCCGGCUCAGUAUGUGCCGUAUGGGGAUUAGGUACCAUUGGCUUAGCUGUUGUUAUGGGUUGUAGAAAUGCCGGAGCGUCUAGGAUAAUAGGAAUAGAUACAAAUCCAGCCAAAUUUGAAUUAGGGAAAAAGUUUGGAAUGACAGAGGGAGUUAAUCCUAAAGAUUUUAAGGAACCACUACAAGAUGUACUUUUAAAGAUGACAAACGGUGGACUCGACUAUGCAUUUGAAUGUAUUGGUAAUGUUAAGACUAUGAAAGUGGCUUUUGACUCCGUUCAUAGAUGUUGGGGUAAGACGCUGUUGAUUGGUGUUGCUCCGAUUACAGACGAAUUUGUCACUAAUCCUUACUCUGUUACUAUGGGAAAACAAGUUAUAGGAUCACUAUACGGAGAUUACAAAUUGAAAACUAUCAGUAAUUUAGUGACGGAGUACAUGAAUAAAAAAUUAAUGGUCGACGAGUUUGUUACUCAUAAGAUGAGUUUGGAUAAAAUCAAUGACGGUUUCGAUCUUCUACGUUCUGGGAAAAGCUUGAGAACUGUCUUGGAUAUGUGGGCAUAGUUGGUCAUUAACUGAAGAAAAAUCGAAGGAAAAGAAAAAGAAUGGCUUAUUUCUUUGUACCAUGGUUUAAGGAAUUACGAAAAUAUUAUACGGAAAUUAUAACAGUCAGUUUAAGUAUAGAAGGUGGUGAGCCAUAUUGACUUCAAUGCUUUGUUUUAAUAUGCCUAGAAUAAACUUAUUAACCUAU